AUGAUUCCCAGUCGAUAUGUAUACGCUCUCAUCGUCUCGACAAUAACGCUAUGUGUCGCCAAUCCUAUGUACCUCAAUAUUCAGAACAGUCCCAAUCGUCUAUCGCUCUCUUUGGAUAUUAACGACGCUGGACACCGAUUACCAUGCCAUCACGACGAGGACCAUAUACAAUACUUGUGCAGGAUUUCUGGCGGCGACGCGGAGAUGAAGGUCACUAUAGAUUCCAGUACGGAGAACCAUUCGUGGCUUUCCCGUGCCAACGGGCAACUUCUUCAGGAUUUCACAACAACUGAAAGAAAGGUCAUUGAAAAAUAUAUAAGACUUGCUCAUGAUAGCCAUACAUCGUACCCGACCUUGUUAGAAGAGAGUUUGGAUUCACUCAGAGUGGAAUGUAUUCAGAGCACGCAUGACCAUUGGAUUCACAAGAAGAUCGGGUUUUUGCACGUCGUCGAUGUCUUAAGUAUUCUGGGUGUUGGGAUCAUUGCUCUGACAGCUUCUGGGAUCGCACUUAUGGUUGGCCGAAGUGAUAAGGUAUCUACCGUGGUCGAUAUCAUCGGCGCAAAUGAGAAUCAAAGCAGAACACCGAUCAGCAGCGGUGUAGGGAAGAUUGGCCUUUUUUCUCCUACCAGACGGUCGUUUUUCGAUGAGAAACGGAUUGCUUAA